UAGCAAAGAUCUUUCUGGAUUAUCGGCGAUCGAGUGGAAUAAAUUACAUGGUCUCUUCAUUUUUACCUUUCUUCUUUCUCACUCACUCACUCACUCAGAUCCAUUCCUUUUUCUUUCCUUCAUUCAUUUGCCCUUUUCGUUUGAGGGCUUUCUUCUCCAGCUCUCUAACGAACGAUCCACUCUCCCAAUUCCAACCUAAACAGCUUGAAAACACAUCCAAAAUAAAAAUAAUUAUAAUAAUAAUCUGUAUCCCUUCUCCUUGACAUUCAUCAACGGAAGUAUAUCGAUUACCUCAUUUUCCACACCAUUUGGUUUAAUAGAGAAAUUUGGUUGCAUCAGCAUUCUCGCCGACACAUCUAAUACUACAACAGAAAUUCAUUCAAGGCACAGUGUUGCUUUGAAGAGAAAUCACGGAAUUUAUUUUGAGGCGAAACGCCGCAAAUUCAAUCUCAUUUAACGUAAGAGAAGGGGAUUUUCCCGUGCCCUAAUAUUAAUCGGGUGGGGGUUAUGGUCUUGUUGUGAUUGGAAACAGUUGGCGAUCAAUUGUGAGUGAUGGAUAUUGCGUCGCAGCUGAAGCGCGGGAUCUCGCGCCAGUUUUCCACGGGGUCGUUGAAGAUGAGCCGGAGAUUCAGUUUCCAGCGGCAGAACUCGCUGGAUCCGCGGCGGAACAAUUUCCGGUUCAGCUUAGGGCGGCAGUCGUCGAUGGACCCCAUACGGCGGACUCCGGUGCCGGAAGACAGCGCCGAGGAGGAGAUGACUGUGCCGAGCAACCUCGACAGCACAAUGCAGCUGCUGUUCAUGGCGUGCAAGGGCGACGUGGAUGGGGUGCGGGACUUGCUGGAUGAAGGGAUUGAUGUCAACAGCAUCGAUUUGGAUGGCCGGACAGCGCUGCACAUCGCUGCCUGCGAGGGUCACGUCGAGGUCGCCAGGCUUCUCCUGAGCAGGAAGGCCAAUAUUGAUGCUCGGGAUCGAUGGGGCAGCACGGCUGCUGCUGAUGCCAAAUAUUAUGGAAAUGUGGAAGUUUUUAAUAUGUUGAAAUCUCGUGGAGCUAACGUACCAAAAACAAAAAAGACACCCAUGACGGUUGCAAAUCCUCGUGAAGUUCCAGAGUAUGAGCUCAAUCCAUUAGAUAUUCAAAUACGAAGAGGUGAUGGCAUAUCUAAGGGAUCUUAUCAAGUUGCUAAAUGGAAUGGCACUAAAGUUUCAGUGAAGAUACUCGACAAGGACAGCCAUGCAGACCAUGACUCGAUAAAUGUGUUCAGGAAUGAAUUAACCUUGUUAGAAAAGGUUCGGCAUCCUAACGUGGUUCAGUUUAUUGGUGCUGUCACCCAAAAUAUACCUAUGAUGAUUGUUAUGGAGUAUCAUUCAAAAGGUGACCUUGCUAGUUACCUUCAAAAGAAAGGGCGUCUAUCCCCGUCUAAGGCAUUAAGAUUUGCUCUUGAAAUUGCCAGGGGCAUAAAUUGUCUUCACGAGUGCAAGCCUGAACCAAUCAUACAUUGCGAUUUAAAGCCAAAAAAUAUUUUACUGGAUUUUGGAGGGCAGCUGAAGGUUGCAGGGUUCGGUGUUACUAGGUUGUCAGCACAGGAACCUGAUAGAGUAAAACUUUUGCAGCCUGAGGCCAUAGAUCGUUCAAAUGUAUACUUAGCACCAGAGGUGUACAACAACGAUGCAUUUGACAGAAGUGUGGAUGUGUACUCUUUUGGUGUUAUGCUAUUUGAGAUGAUGGAGGGCUCUCCGCCAUUUUCUUCAAAAUCUCCUGAGGACGCUGCUAGGGUGAUUUGCUUAGAAGGGAAGAGACCAUCAUUUAAGUCAAGAUCUAAUAAAUCUUUUCCUCCAGAAUUGAAAGAGUUGAUCGAGGAAUGCUGGCAUUCAAGUCCCAGUGUGAGGCCGACAUUCUCACAGAUCAUAAUACGAUUGGAUAAGAUUGUCAUGACAUGCUCCAAGCAAGGAUGGUGGAAGGACACUUUCAAACUCCCCUGGAAAUAAGGGGUGUAUCCGAUGAUAAUCCAUUACUCUCUUUGAACGUAAGAAGCUUGUACAGUAUGCCACGUUCAAAGAAAGUAAUGCAGGAUCGCGAGCCAGUGAAGGGGCACACAUAAGCCCAAGAACGUUUGUAUUUACACAAAUAUAUAAUCGGAGUUGAGUUUAUUAUAAGUACAUAUUAAUGUGCAUAUUUUUGUUGCCGUACUUGUAUGAGAGUUAAUGUUAAUACCCUUCAUUUCUUUACCUUUCAAAUUUUAUUUACUACCCCAACCACAAAAACAGUGUUGUAUUAAAGAUAAAUUCAAUUCCUACUCUAUAUUGAUAAUGAGAGAUCCAACAUAUUAUUUGCCUUUA